UGCCCCAUCAUAGGUGUCAGUGGGGGGAGGAAUAGUGCCCCAUCCUUGGUGUCAGUGGGGGGAGGAAUAGUGCCCCAUCCUUGGUGUCAGUGGGGGAGGAAUAGUGCCCCAUCCUUGGUGUCAGUGGGGGGGAGGAAU